AUGGGAUUCCUGGAUACUCAUUCGUACACUGCCGUCACCACUUUGGCAAACAGAACCAUUGAAUCGUCCCCAAUUGACUCGGAUGAUGCGUGCAUGGAAAUGGAUCUUCCUGAACUACUGGAAGCUAUCCGUUUGCAGCGCAAUUCCUUGGAACCUGGUCCGGUAGAGGUGGCCAGGGCAAUUCGCAAAAAGUUGAAAUACGGCUCAUUCAAGGAACAGUUCAAUGCUUUGAAGCUUUUAGAGCUUCUGGUCGCAAAUGGUGGCCCAGAGUUGAACCAGUUAUACAAUGACUCCAAGCUGCUUGACCGCCUGAAGUACACCAUUGUGACUCGUCCAGAAGUUUCUGGAGUCGAUCCACGUAUCCGCAAACGUGCCACACAGCUGGCUGUAGGGUGGCGAAACGAACAUGCCAGGACAGGGAACGCAGGAGGCCUAUUUUCACUUGCCUCCUCUGCAUCAGUGGCACGAGCUGUGAGACCGAAGCGGAAAGUGCCAGACUUCAUGAACGACGAGGCCGAUGAGACUCCCUUUGAGGAAGUCUAUGAGACGCCGGACGAGGAGUCCGAUGAUAGCUCUCAAAACAGGCGCCAUGGCUCUUCCAGGACUGCUUCGCGGCUAGUGGCUUCAAUGACAAAUAGGGAGCUUGAUAAGAAGUACAGGAUUCCGCAAAUUAACUACGAAAAAGAGACACCCAAGAUAUACCAGACAAUUGCCGAGGCAAAUGUGUUGUCAACUACGCUAACAAACACGCUCAAAACGCUGGAACCCGAUGAGCUCUCUAUUCAUUCGGCAAAGGCCAACAGGGAUUUCGACAACUGCAGAGCCAUUAGAAGGAAGAUCUUGAGAUAUCUGCAGCUAGUCAACAAAGAAGAGCUCCUGGGGGCUUUACUCAAAUGCAACGAUGACUUGGUGCGGUCUCUACAGCUGUAUGAAGAGAUGGCUGAGCCGCGAGAUGGGGGAGAGACCGACUCGCUAGCAGAUUAUGAGACGAUCAACAGCGAGAGAAGAGAGUCGAGCGUUGCGCCCGCCACAGACACUUCUCAGACAUACCGGUCUGAGAUUAACGAGUUUGACCCUUUCAGCGACCAUAACGAGGUUGCUGUGCCGGCGGAAUGGAAAUAA